AGCAAGGCGGAGGGGGAGAUGUUUUGCCUGAAGUACUCGGCGUGCUGGAUCGCGAGCGUGGGGGUGGUGAUCGCGACGCGGGCGUACGAGUCGUUCGGGCGUGGGGGGUACCUGGCGUAUUGCGGCGCGUGCGCGGCGCCGGCGAUCGUCGCGCCGCUGAUGCGCCCGAGCGCGAGCGAUCGAGGGAAAGCGCUGAGCGAGCGUUACAUCGUGAAGGCGAACGUGUGGAUCGCGGUGUUCAGCUUUAUCGGAAAUUACUGGUACACGCACUACUUUUACGCGGUGCUCAAGGCGGAGUACACGUUCGACGCGCACCGCUUGAACGACGUGCCGAUCUCGAUGUAUCUCAUGACGCACGCGUAUUUCAUGUUUUACCACGUGUUGUCGAACGCGGCGUUGCGACGGAUUCGAACGGGGUACGUGAACGACGCUUGGCGUUUCGGAUUCGAGUGCGCGGCGGUGGGCGCGAUGGCGUACUCGACGGCGUUCAUGGAGAGUUUAACCAUUUGCGGAUUCCCGUAUUACUCCUUCGCCGAUCGGCACAUGGCGUACACGCUCGGAUCGGCAUUUUAUGGAAUUUACUUCUUGGUGUCGUUCCCAAUGUUCCUGCGCGUGGACGAGACGAAGGCGAUGCCGAUGUCGCAAGUGUUUUGGGAAGCGAUGGGGAGCGGCAUGGCGGUGCUGUGUUUGUUAGAUUUCGUUCGCGUGUAUCUG